CAAGACCAAGAGGGCAGCAGCGGCGGCGUGGAGGAGGAAGGGUCAACAAAGGGUCAAUUUUUCUCCCUUAUCACCCUUUUUUAGGCCGCCGGGACAAGGGUGACGCAUCUGAUAAGGCUGAUAAGGGUGAAGCUUCCUUGUGGCCGCCGAAAAACACCCUCAGAUCGUCCUUGUACGCUUAAAUAAGAGACCAUGAUCAGCGGGCUAAUGGUGGUCUACCAGUAUGUGUUGCUGGUGUGCGAUUUCGUGCACCUGCUCUUCCGUGCCUUCGUGCUUACCCUGGCGGCACUCUGGCGGCACAUCAGACCCCCGCACCUGGCAUCCAUGGCUGGCGAGAUUGUGCUGGUGACGGGCGCCGGGCAUGGCAUCGGGAAGGAGCUAAGUCUUCAGUUUGCGAGACUUGGCAGCCGUGUGGUGUGUCUGGAUAUCAAUGAGGGUACCAACAAGAGCACAGCCGAGGAGAUCCUUAAGGAGGGCGGGGCAGCGUGGGCGUUCCGAUGCGACGUUGCCAACAGGGACGACGUAAAAGCCGUCUCCAAGAGGAUCAGGGAGGAGGUCGGCGAGGUCACGAUCCUGGUCAACAACGCCGGGGUCAUGCCGUGCAAACCCUUCCUCAGACACACGGCGGACGAGAUCAUGGAUGUGUUUAGGGUCAAUGUGUUUGCGCAGUUCUGGACCCUGCAGGAGUGGUUACCGAGCUUCCUGGCGGCCGGGCGGGGGCGUGUGGUUGCCCUGUCCUCCAUCGCUGGUCUCGUCGCAUCGUCCAAUAUUGCCCCGUACUGUGCCUCAAAGUUUGCCGUGCGAGGUCUGAUGGAGGGGCUGACGGAGGAGUUGAGGUACGCUGGCCGUCACCCUAACAUCCAGUUCACUUGCGUUUAUCCGUUUGUGGUGGACACGGGCCUGGCACAGCGACCCCGUAUCAGGUUCCCGUCACUCAAUCCUGUCACAUCCCCCAGUCAGUGCGCCGCCCAUAUCAUCGAGGGGGUGCGCAGGGGUGAGGAGGUGAUCUGCAUACCCCCCAGAGACUACUACGGACACUGGGUUGUUAACGCCAUGCCAAGGGAGGUCCGCAAGGCAUUCCUGGACUUCAUGGACACUGGAGUUGAUGAGGACUAGAAGAAGAAGAAGAAGAAGAAGAAGAAGAAAAGAGAGAAGAUCGGAGAGAAGGAGAAGAAUAACAAGGAAGAGAGGAAGAAGAGGAGGAGGAGGAGGACAAGAAGGUAAAGAAAGAGGAAGAAGAGAAAGGAAGGAAAAAAAUAGCAGGAGGAGGAGGAUAGAAGGAAGAGAGAAGAGAGGAAGAAGAAGAGGAGGAGGAGGACAAGAAGGUAAAGAAAGAGGAAGGAAGAAGAUAGGAAGAGGAGGAGGAGGAGGAGCAUGUAUCAGACACACACACACACACACGCACACACACACACACACACACACACGCACACACACACACACGCACGCACACACGUUAUACAAGGUUGU